AUGCGGAGGGGAGCCUUGGUCUUCAUAAUCGCGAACAUCAUUGUCAUCGCCUUCCUCGUCAACAGCGUCUCAACCCUCCUCAGCCUCCUCUUUGAAGAUGCCGCCGACGACGCCAUAAGUCGCACCGAGCUGCCUGCCCCCAACUCCACCUUUAUCGACCAGCAAGAGCCCCUCAUCCCCAAGAUUAUCCAUCAGACCUACAAGAACGAGUCCAUUCCGGCCAUCUGGCUGGAAGCACAGCAGACCUGUCUCGAGCGCCACCCAGACUAUGAAUACAAGCUCUGGACAGAUGACAAGGCAGAGGAGUUUAUCGCUACCCAGUACCCCUGGUUUCUAGAUACGUUCAAGAAUUAUCCCUACCCCAUUCAGCGCGCCGACGCCAUCAGAUACUUUGUGCUCGCAUACUAUGGCGGAAUCUACAUCGACCUGGACGACGGCUGCAACCGUCGGCUAGAUCCCCUUCUCGUCUACCCUGCCUGGGUCCGCAAGACCAGCCCGACCGGAAUUUCCAACGACAUUAUGGGUUCUGUGCCCCAACACCCGUUUUUCCGCCGUGUUAUCGACUCGCUGCAGACGUACAACCGGCACUGGGUCCUGCCUUAUAUCACGGUUAUGUAUUCCACAGGUCCCUUGUUCCUGUCGGUGAUCUGGAAGGAAUACAUGGCUGGUCGACCCACAGGCUCUGAACGUGUUCGGGUGAUGAUGGCGGAUGAAUACAACAAACACUCUUGGAGCUUCUUUACUCAUCAUCCCGGCAGCAGCUGGCACGGCAAGGAUGCUAGGUUGAUCUUUUGGUUUUUCGUUUUUGAAGAUGGGUGGUCAUUGGGUCCUACUCACCGUCCUUGGAUUCGUGCUCGCCGGUAUCGUCGGCUCCUUUCUAUGGUGGGGAUAUCGACGGCUCGUUAUCUUCUGUUCGAAAUACUGCCACCGGUAUUCUCCCGUCCCCAACCGCCCAUCCGGCGCGAUCUUGAACUCUCCACGUUCGUUUUCGCCGUCCCGCAAACUUGGGUUAUUGCCGGCCUUCCUGCAGCGACGAAGUAG